AUGACCACCCACGUGACGCUGGAAGAUGCGUUAUCUAACGUGGACCUAUUGGAGGAGUUACCACUCCCUGAUCAGCAGCCAUGCAUCGAACCUCCUCCGUCCUCCAUAAUGUACCAGGCUAACUUUGAUACCAAUUUCGAGGAUCGGAAUGCGUUUGUAACUGGUAUAGCCAGGUACAUUGAACAAGCUACAGUCCAUUCCAGCAUGAAUGAGAUGCUGGAAGAAGGACAAGAGUAUGCGGUCAUGCUGUACACAUGGAGGAGCUGCUCUAGAGCCAUUCCACAGGUGAAAUGCAAUGAACAGCCUAACCGUGUGGAGAUUUAUGAGAAGACGGUGGAGGUUCUAGAACCAGAAGUCACAAAACUGAUGAAGUUUAUGUACUUCCAGCGAAAAGCCAUAGAGAGGUUCUGCAAUGAGGUGAAGCGCCUCUGUCAUGCUGAGCGCAGGAAGGAUUUUGUGUCGGAAGCCUACUUGCUCACCCUGGGGAAGUUCAUCAACAUGUUUGCUGUACUGGAUGAGCUAAAAAACAUGAAGUGCAGCGUGAAGAACGACCACUCUGCUUAUAAACGCGCUGCUCAGUUUCUGCGGAAGAUGGCAGACCCUCAGUCUAUACAAGAGUCACAGAAUCUCUCUAUGUUUCUUGCCAAUCACAACAGGAUCACUCAGUGCCUGCACCAGCAGCUGGAGGUGAUUCCUGGCUACGAGGAGCUGCUGGCCGACAUUGUCAACAUCUGUGUGGAUUACUAUGAGAAUAAAAUGUAUUUGACUCCAAGUGAAAAGCACAUGCUGCUAAAGGUGAUGGGCUUCGGCUUGUAUCUGAUGGAUGGAAAUGUCAGCAAUAUUUACAAACUUGAUGCUAAAAAACGGAUAAACCUAAGCAAAAUCGACAAAUUCUUUAAGCAGCUGCAGGUGGUACCUCUCUUUGGAGACAUGCAGAUAGAGCUGGCCAGAUACAUUAAGACCAGUGCUCACUAUGAGGAGAACAAGUCAAAGUGGACCUGCACACAGAGCAGUAUCAGCCCGCAGUACAAUAUUUGUGAGCAGAUGGUACAGAUCCGUGAUGACCACAUCCGCUUCAUCUCUGAGCUGGCCCGCUACAGCAACAGUGAGGUUGUAACCGGUUCAGGUCUGGACAGUCAGAAAUCGGAUGAAGAAUAUCGAGAACUGUUUGAUUUAGCUUUGAGGGGUCUGCAGCUCCUUUCCAAAUGGAGUGCCCAUGUCAUGGAAGUGUAUUCCUGGAAGUUGGUUCAUCCUACAGAUAAAUUCUGUAAUAAGGAUUGUCCUGGCACAGCAGAGGAGUAUGAGAGAGCCACGCGGUACAACUACACCAGUGAAGAGAAAUUUGCCUUUGUGGAAGUGAUUGCCAUGGUGAAAGGUCUGCAAGUGCUCAUGGGACGUAUGGAGAGCGUCUUUAACCAGGCCAUCCGCAAUACCAUAUAUGCUGCCCUGCAAGACUUUGCACAGAGCACCUUGAGGGAGCCCCUACGUCAGGCUGUGCGCAAGAAGAAAAAUGUUCUGAUUAGUGUUCUGCAGGCAAUCCGCAAGACUAUCUGUGACUGGGAAGCAGGACGUGAGCCACCCAAUGACCCAUGUCUGAGAGGAGAAAAGGAUCCUAAAGGUGGAUUCGACAUUAAAGUUCCUCGCAGAGCGGUCGGCCCCUCCAGCACGCAGUUGUACAUGGUGCGAACUAUGCUGGAGUCUUUAAUCGCGGACAAAAGCGGUUCCAAGAAGACAUUGCGCAGCAGUUUAGAUGGGCCAAUCGUACAGGCUAUAGAAGAGUUCCAUAAACAGUCAUUUUUCUUCACUCACCUGCUCAACUUCAGUGAGGCUCUGCAGCAGUGCUGUGACCUGUCCCAGCUCUGGUUCCGGGAAUUCUUCCUUGAACUUACCAUGGGUCGACGAAUUCAGUUCCCUAUCGAGAUGUCAAUGCCUUGGAUCCUGACCGAUCACAUCCUGGAGACCAAAGAGCCUUCUAUGAUGGAGUAUGUGCUGUAUCCGCUGGACCUGUACAAUGACAGUGCCUACUAUGCCCUCACCAAGUUUAAGAAGCAGUUUCUCUAUGAUGAGAUUGAAGCUGAGGUGAAUUUGUGCUUUGACCAGUUUGUGUACAAGUUAUCAGAUCAGAUCUUUGCCUAUUACAAAGCCAUGUCUGGCAGUGUUUUGCUGGAUAAGCGCUUUCGGGCGGAGUGUAAAAACUAUGGAGUAAUAAUUCCAUAUCCCCCGUCCAAUCGCUAUGAAACGCUACUCAAGCAGCGCCAUGUUCAGCUUCUGGGAAGAUCUAUUGACUUGAACAGGCUGAUCACUCAGCGGAUCUCUGCUGCGAUGUACAAGUCUCUUGAUCAAGCAAUCAGUCGCUUCGAGAGUGAAGACCUCACCUCCAUAGUGGAGUUGGAAUGGCUGCUUGAUAUCAACCGCCUCACUCAUCGUCUCCUCUCCAAACACCUGACCCUCGACAGUUUUGAUGCCAUGUUCCGAGAGGCCAAUCAUAAUGUAUCUGCUCCAUAUGGCAGGAAUACAUUGCAUGUUUUCUGGGAGCUCAACUUUGACUUUCUACCAAAUUACUGUUAUAAUGGCUCUACAAACAGGUUUGUUCGAACAGCAAUUCCUUUCACACAAGAACCACAAAGAGAUAAACCAGCAAAUGUGCAGCCAUAUUAUCUGUAUGGAUCAAAGCCCCUCAAUAUUGCCUACAGCCACAUAUACAGCUCAUACCGCAACUUUGUGGGUCCUCCACAUUUCAAAACUAUCUGCCGUCUUCUGGGCUACCAGGGCAUCGCUGUGGUUAUGGAAGAGCUGCUGAAAAUCGUCAAGAGUCUGCUCCAGGGAACCAUUUUGCAGUAUGUGAAGACUCUUAUUGAGGUUAUGCCAAAAAUCUGUCGGUUGCCAAGACAUGAAUAUGGAUCUCCAGGCAUCCUGGAAUUCUUCCAUCAUCAGUUGAAGGAUAUCAUUGAAUAUGCAGAGCUGAAGACAGAUGUGUUUCAGAGCCUCAGAGAGGUGGGCAAUGCCAUCCUCUUCUGUCUGCUCAUAGAACAGGCUCUGUCCCAGGAGGAGGUGUGUGAUCUUCUUCAUGCAGCACCGUUCCAGAACAUCUUACCACGAGUUUACAUCAAAGAGGGGGAACGUCUGGAGGUGAGGAUGAAACGACUAGAGGCAAAGUACGCUCCACUGCACCUUGUACCACUAAUUGAGAGACUGGGCACCCCACAGCAAAUUGCUAUAGCCCGGGAGGGUGAUCUUCUGACCAAGGAGCGUCUGUGCUGCGGUCUUUCCAUGUUUGAAGUCAUCCUGACCCGGAUCCGCAGCUACCUGCAGGACCCCAUCUGGCGUGGUCCUCCCCCCACCAAUGGAGUGAUGCAUGUGGAUGAGUGUGUGGAGUUGCAUCGACUCUGGAGCGCCAUGCAGUUUGUUUACUGUAUUCCGGUGGGAACCAAUGAAUUUACUGCAGAGCAGUGCUUUGGAGACGGCUUGAACUGGGCAGGUUGUGCCAUUAUUGUGCUUCUGGGACAGCAGCGUCGUUUUGACCUCUUCGACUUUUGCUAUCACCUCCUGAAAGUCCAAAGACAGGACGGGAAAGAUGAAAUCAUAAAAAAUGUGCCACUUAAGAAAAUGGCAGAUCGCAUCCGGAAGUAUCAGAUCCUGAACAACGAGAUCUUUGCAGUCCUCAACAAAUAUAUGAAAUCUGUAGAGAGUGACAGUUCCACGGUAGAACACGUACGGUGCUUCCAACCUCCUAUUCACCAAUCACUGGCCACCACCUGCUGA